AUGUUGUUCUCUUCGAGUCUUGCCUUUUUGACAUUGGCGCCCCUGUUUCUCUGCGUACCAACAGUGCUGGCUACGAGCGGCUUCUCAUCCACCUGCGCAAAUUACUACCUCGGGAAUGGCGUCUCGGACGGGACCGGUGAACUCUUCAUCGAGGCAUGGUGCCACGGCGGCCUGAUGUACGACGGAACUCCGUAUUCGGGAAAAUGUAGCCGGUUGAGCCUAGCAGAGUGCUUCAAGAGUGUGGGUUCUAAGUUUUUUGUCAUGUCUUUGACGUUCACCGGGGCAGGGGCGAGGAUGCAUCAGGCUAAUAAGGGUGUGCAGGAUGACGGCGAACUCGAGCCCCUCGAUCAAGACACAGACCUCUAUCACCGCGAUAUUGCCACUGGCUGCGACAUCGAGAGCUGUGCGAUAAGAGGCGACGCAUGGGACGGGCCAAUCAUGACAUGCUAUUGUCAGGGCUCGAGUGGGCAAUGGACCCUUGCGAGCAUCGAUCUGGUUCUUCUAAAGGGUGGGGCCUGGAGGAUGGCGUCUGCAGCGAGGGAGCAGCUGCGUGACGGCGGCCCAGAGAUCAUUCAGUAG